UUGCCACUUUUAUGUUUUUUUAUUUUGUGUUGACAUUCUUUGCAAAAGUCACUUUGACAGCUGACUCAAUAAAUUUGAGGUUAGACAAUUUUAUCAACGUCUCUUGUGAAUUUGCUUUGGUUUUGCAAAAUUUGAGAUAUUAGGUUUUUCUCUAACUUAAACGUUAGUCGCCGCUGCAUUACAUAACUUCAGAAAAAAAACAGCAAAAUGUCUCAAGCUCCCGUACGUGUAUCUCCUUUGAUCAAAUUCGGCAGAUGGUCCUUGUUGACUCUUGGCAUUGGUUAUGGUGCCUUCCACCAAAACCGCUUGUCCAAGAAGGAAGAAAAGGUACGCGAAAUCGAAGCCCAACAAAAGGUCAUCCGUGAUGCCAAAUUGGCUGAGGAAAAGAAACGUAGCGCUGCCGCUGAAAUGCGUGCCUUGGAGGAAUUGUCGAAACCCACCAAGAAGGCAUAAAUUCACAAUUUCAAAAUGUAUUUCGUAAAACUUUAUUUAAAUUAAAUAACUAAUAACAAACUUAA